CUCCACCGAUUCACUCGCCUGUGCUCGUACGCGCGCGCUCCACACCGCCGCAACCUCCGCGUCCCCCAUGAUCCAACGCUGCGCGGUCGCGCCCCUCGGAGUCACCGCCCGCCGACCCACCCGCCCGAGCUUGCUGAGUGCCUACCGUCCCCACUGGAGAGGUCUGUUUCCCCUGCGAAACCCUCUCCCGAUGGCUCGCCGCCGACCGAUCACCUCCGCCGUAGCAGGUGGCACCGUUCUCGAGCCACUCGCAGGUGGUCAUCCUGGUAGGCGGUCGAGUUGCAGCUGCAGCACCACUCGUGUCCUCGCUUUGUUCUCCAUCGCACUCUACAGAUUCCAGACUCCCAUUUGCAGAACCCCCGUCCCCCUUCCCCUAAAUCCCCUAGAAAAUCACCGUUUUCCGGACCCGCCCUACCCAUGUGUUGUAGUUGCUUCUAAGCUAGUUUGCUUCAUCACAGUAGCUGCGAGGUUGCUGUGGCUCGAUGGCAGGAGGUGAUUAACCGAUACAUUGCUUAAAAGCCGGUGACUUUUGGGUGCUUCAGAUCUCGAGGGGUGGGUCCUGGCACAUUUGUCUUGACUGGAUAGACUUACCUAGUGAACGAAGGCGCCCCCUGAGGUUCCAAUGGCCUAGCAGUUCCUGUGGAGGAUGUCCAUUUUCUUUAUCAUUUAUAUGGAUAAAAACAAAUACGUCUGGUCUUGUUCAGGACAAUGGAGACAUUGGGAACAAUGCAGCUUUUGCUUGUGAGCCAGAAAUAGCUGUAGAGGAACGGUAAAAAUGGUAAGGAAAAGCUCAGAAGGAUCAGCAAGUAACAGGUAUCCCUUGAGAUCUGCACAUAGUAGUGGCAGGGUUCUUCGCUCUGCCUCAAUCAAGAAUAAUAAGGCAUGUAGUGAGCCUCUGAAUGAUAGUGCUGCUGCUCAACCAGAAACGAAAAAAAGAAAAAGUGGUAGUCCGUCUGAGGAUCCCAAUAACAGUGUCAGGGUGCUUCGCUCUGCCUCAAAAAAUAAGGAUGGGGCAUGUAGCGAGCCUCUAAAUGAUAGUACUGCUGGUGAACCAGCUGAAAAUAAAAGAAAAAGUGUCAGUCCCUUAAAGGUGGGAAGUCCCAAUAACAGUGUCAGGGUGCUUCGUUCUGCCUCAAAAAACAAGAAUGAGUUAUGCAGUGAGCCUCUAAAUGAUAGUACUGUUGCUCAACCAGCAGUGAAAAGAAGAAAAAGUGGCAGUCUGUCAAAGGUGAGAAGCCCUGUGAGCAGUGCCAGGGUGCUCCGCUCUACCUCAAAAGUGAAGAAUGAGACAUGUCAUGAACCUCUAAAUGAUAGUACUGCUGCUCAACCAGCUGCGAGAAAAAGGAAAAGUGGCACACCCUCAAAGACAGAUUGUCCAAAGGUUGGUGUCAGGGUGCUUCGUUCUGCUACAAAAAAGAAGAAUGAGACAUGUAGUGAGCCUCUAAAUGAUAUUACUUCCGCUCAACCAUCUGCGAGAAAAAGAAAAAGUGGCAGGCGCUCAAAGGAUCGCAGUCCCAAGAAGGAUUACUUAAAAAUUUGUCAAAGAGUUAGGUACAUUUUGAAUCGAAUGAACUAUGAACAAAGCCUGAUUCAGGCUUAUGCAAGUGAAGGCUGGAGAGGUCAAAGUUUGGAAAAAAUAAGACCUGAGAAAGAGCUUGAGCGAGCCAAGGCAGAAAUUCUGCGAUGCAAGUUACGAAUUCGGGAAGCUUUUCGGAAUAUGGAUUAUCUUUUAUCUGAGGGAAAGCUUGAAGAAUCUUUGUUUGAUUCUGCAGGAGAAAUUUCUAGUGAAGAUAUUUUUUGUGCCAUAUGUGGUACAAAGGAUGUUACUUUACAAAACGACAUCAUUCUUUGUGAUGGAGCCUGCGAUAGAGGGUUCCACCAGAAUUGUUUGAACCCUCCCUUGCUGACUGAAGAUAUACCUCCGGGGGAUGAAGGAUGGCUUUGCCCUACAUGUGUGUGCAAAUUAGACUGUAUAGAUGCACUAAAUGAACUCCAAGGAAGCAAACUCUCUAUUCAUGACUCGUGGGAGGAAGUUUUCCCUGAGGCAGCUUCACUUGCGAAUGGUUCUAAACAAGUUGAUGCUUCUAAUCUACAGCCGAAUGAUUCAGAGGACAAUGAUUACAACCCUGCAUUGGCUGAAGGGCACAUGGUGAAUGAAGACAGAUCUUCUGCAGAGGACGAGGGCAAAGUCGAUGACCUUGGUUUGCCUUCGGAGGACUCAGAGGAUGAUGACUUUGAUCCAACAGGUCCAGAUUCUAGUGAAGACCGAAAAAACGAAUCAAACUCAGAAGAGUCGGAUUUCACAUCUGACUCUGAUGAUUUCUGUGCUGAGAUUGCUAAAUCUCGUGGUCUGGAUGAAGUCUCGAUAUCUCCAUUAUCAAAUGUCAUAGACCAUGCUGAUAGAAUGAAAAUUAGUGCUGUUGAUAAUCACUUUAAUGAAGAAAAUUCCAAUCGUGCAUUUGUGGAGAUGGAGCUAGAGCAAGACAUGAUACUACCAGUUUCAAGUAGGCGGCAGGUUGAACGGUUGGAUUACAAAAAACUGUAUGAUGAGGCGUAUGGAGAAUCAUCUGAUUCAAGUGAUGAUGAAGAGUGGUCCGGAAAAGAACAAUUAGAAGGCAGCGAAACAGAUUUACCUGGUGCGCCACUUUAUCCUGCCAAACGGUGCUCUAGAAGAGCACCAGCUGGGCAACAGAAUAAUGAACAUACUCCUCAGAGGGAGUGGCUUCAUGGUUCUGUAAGUGAGCAGCAAACUGAAGUUCUUCACUCCAAUGUCAGCAGUAGCACAGCCCGAAAACAUCAUUUUGGUCCUAUAAUUAGUCAGAAACUGAAGGUACAUUUUGAGAAAGAUCCAUAUCCUAGUCGCCCAGCAAAAGAGAGUCUGGCACAAGAGCUAGGACUGACAUUCAUUCAGGUCAGUAAAUGGUUUUCUGCUACUCGUCAUUAUUCAAGAGUUGCUGCUGCCAAGAACAAAAAGCAUCCGGGAAAAUAUACUAUUGAGAAUAUUAAUAGCACAGCUGUAGAUAACAUACAAGUCAGAGAACCCAAUGUAGGGUUCAUGGAAAAACCGACUGCAGAUAGAAAUGACAUGAUUUCCAAAAAAUUGUUGGUCCAAAUUAAUCUUAACGAAGGUAACGAAGAAGAUAUCCCACACAGUCAAGAUACCAGGUGUGAACAGAGAGUGAUUAUGACUCCCACCACCAUCUCAAGAGAUGUUGGUUCGCCAGGAUAUGGUCCUGGAGAAAACCAGGGCAAUGGUGGUUCUAGGAAUACCAGAUGUGAGCAGAGUGUGGUUAUGACUCCUACCACCAUCUCAAGAGAAGUCGGUCCGCCAGGAUAUGGGCCCGAAGAAAACCAGGGCAAUGGCACUUCAUGGAAUAUGAGAUGUGGGCAGAGUGUGUUUAUGAGUCCUAUGACCAUCUCAAGAGAAGUCGGUCCACCAGGAUAUGUGCCUGGAGAAAACCAGGGCAGUGGCGCUUUAUGGAGUGCGAGCUGGGAGCAGAGAGUGUUUAGGAGUCCUACGGCCAUCGCAGGAGAAGUCGGUCUGCCAGGACAUGGGCCUGGAGAAAACCAGGGCAAUGUUGCUUCAUGGAGUACGAGCUGGGAGCAGAGAGUGUUCAUGAGUCCUACGACGAUUGCAAGAGAAGUCGGUCCUCUAGGAUAUGGGCCUGGAGAAAACCAGGGCAAUGGCGCUUCAUGGAAUACGAGCUGCGAGCAGAGAAUGUUUACAAGUCCUACAAAAAUCUCAAGGGAAGUUGGCCCACCAGGAUAUGAUCCUGUAGAAAACCAGGGAACUGGUGGUGCAAGGAAUAUAAACUUCGAGCAGAGAAGGGUUAUGACUCCUACCACCAUCUCAAGAGAAGUCUUUCCACCAGGAUACGGGCCUGGAGAAAACCAGGGCAAUGGUGCUUCAGGGAAUGUCAGAAGCCCACAAGGUAGGUCUGCAGAGAAGGUAGAACUUUCAGAUGAGGCUAGGAAAAAGGCAAUACUGCGGGAGCUGAGGAGGAGGCAGAAGUUCAGGUGAUGCUGGGUAUGUGAACUUUCGGGCAAUGGUGCUUCAGGGAGUGUCAGAAGCCCACAAGGUAGGAGGUAGGUCUGCAGAGAAGGUAGAACUCUAAGAUGCGGCUAGGAAAAAGGCAAUACAGCGGUAGCAGUUCAGGUGAUGCGCGGUAUGUGAACUUCUGGAUGCUGCGCAAUAAAAUUUGACUCCAAAUUAUCUGAGACUGGUGAUCCAGUCUUGAUGGCUAGUGAGUGGCGACCUUAGUUGCGGAGAAGCAAAACCGUUCUUGUUGUCGUUGUUCCUUUAGAGCCUUGCUUGACUCGCAUCAAAAAUUUCUGAUGGAAACCUCUUGAAUCUGAAGUAUUUAUUUAACGUUCUGUGAAUUUGCGCAAUUGCCUUUGAUGUA